GUCCACCUUAAACCCCCCGCCCUGCCCCCCGCCGCUCUCUUCAGAAACCGUACCAACGGCGUUCAUUCCCCUUGUUUGGGUUGCACCCGUACCCAACAACGCACUCGCAACCGAUUCCACUCUCCCAUCUGUUCAACUACAGAGCCAUGGACCCAAUGUCGCGACGCCUCCUCAGAGAGCUAAAAGAGUACCGCACCGGACAAACAGACUCCCAAGUCGCCGACCUCGCGCCAACAUCUGACGACGACCUGCAGCGGUGGAAGGCCGUCAUUCUCGGGCAGGAGGGGACGCCUUACGAAGGCGGCAAAUUCGAUUUGGAGAUUACCGUACCCCGCACGUAUCCAAUGCAACCCCCCACCAUCCGGUUCCUCGGCAAAGUCUGCCACCCGAACGUACAUUUCAAAACGGGCGAGAUAUGUCUGGAUCUGUUGAAGACGACGUGGAGUCCCGCGUGGACGCUGCAUUCGGCUUGUAUUGCUAUUGGGGCGCUGUUGAUGAGUCCGGAAGCGGAUAGUCCGCUGAACUGUGAUGCGGCGAAUUUAUUGAGAUGUGGGGAUGUGAGGGGGUACAAUUCGCUGGUUAGGAUGUAUACGCAGCUGUAUGGGGUGCCGUCGGGUGCAUCUGGAACCGCCACGCAGAGCGUACAUUAAGGGGAUGGCUACUGGUCAGGAUGUGCAUGCAGGUGCUGCCAGGCAUAUCUGCGUCAGCGGCGCAGAGUGUACAUUAAGGG